GACGUCCUGCGCGGGAGCGGAAAACGUGUAGCCGACAGUAGGGAAGAGGAACGUUGUGUUUUCCUGCUUGUUAAUACGUUCAGCAUGACUCGAGAUUGGAAACAUGGUGAUCUGAUCUUUGCCAAGAUGAAGGGCUAUCCACAUUGGCCUGCAAGAAUUGAUGAAGUCCCAGACGGUGCUGUGAAGCCAUCCAAUAUCAAGUUCCCCAUCUUCUUCUUUGGCACCCAUGAAACAGCAUUUCUUGGCCCGAAAGAUAUCUUUCCGUACCAGACCAACAAAGAGAAGUACGCCAAGCCCAACAAGAGGAAAGGCUUCAAUGAAGGAUUGUGGGAGAUCGAGAACAACCCAAAAGUUGAACUCACCGCACCGAAGCCGGUUAACACUGGGUGUUUCACUGAAAAGGAUUCAGACAGCGGCCCAGAGGGAGAAGAGGAAGCGGAUGACAAGGGGAUAAAUGCCAAUGUUCCAGGAAGUGAGGCUGAGCAGGAGAAUGAGAUUGAGGAGGAGGAGGAGGAGGAAGGGUCUCUGAUCUCUGAGCAGGGUCCUCAGAACCAGGAUGGCUCAACACAGAAAGAAUCCACAGAUGUUCCCAAACCCAAGAGAGGAAGAAAGAAAAAGAGUGAUGCCGAGCAGGAGACUGAAAAGCACGACGCUCCUGCGAGUCCUGUUAGUCCCUCGGGUGCAGAGGGUCCUAAACGAAGAGGCAGGAAGCCCAAGAGUGAUAAGUUGCUUUUGCUCCAGCAGCAGGACCAGCAGGGCUCGGGAAGUGAAAUGGACACUGCUGAGUCAGACAAAAAGAGAAAGAGGUCACAAGAGGACAAGUCCAAGAGUGGAGAGGAGGAGAAGAGGAAGAAGGAGGACAGCAAAGGAAAGGAAGUGGAGGGCAAGGAGCCUGAAGCCAAGAAGAAGAAGAAGGAAGACAGCUCCUCCGGCUCUGAUGAUGAAGAGAAAAACAAAGGAAGAAAGAAACACCAAAACUCAGAAAUGGACAAAGAUGUUCGGCGACGGAAAGCAGAUGAAUUGAGAGAGCCAAACAAAGACGUUGGGAAGAAAAACGAAGAGAGGACAGGCGUCAAGAAAAAGGAAAUGUCAACUGACUUGAAGCUCCAGAGACUGCAUAGUGAAAUCAAGAUUUCACUGAAAAUUGACAACCCUGAUGUGAAGAAGUGCCUGGAGGCCUUAGAUGAGAUCGGCGCCCUACAAGUGACGACGCAGCACCUGCAGAAACACAGUGAACUUAUUGCAACGCUCAAAAAGAUUCGCAGAUUCAAGGCCAGCCAGGACAUCAUGGACAAGGCCACCAUGUUGUACAACAAGUUUAAGAGCAUGUUUCUGGUCGGAGAAGGGGACUGUGUGCUCAGCCAGGUGCUCAACAAGUCUAUCGCUGAGCAGCGGCAGCACGAGGAGGCCAAGAAGGGAGCGUUGAAGAGAGUGGAGCAGGCGAAGGAAAACAUCUCCGACAAGAUGACAAAUGGUGAUGUUUGCCCUGAAGACAAGAGGCUGGAGACGGAGAGAGAGAAGCUUCACGAGGACUCCUCAGUGGGAGAAAAUCACAGCGGCCCAAAGGCUCAGGACGAGUCCGCUUGAGCGUCCCACGUGCUCGACGAAGGAAAAAGAUAUUUGCUGCUGCUCCGGUACAAACUGGGAUCUCCUCCCGUCGGGUUCUUGUUUCGAUGACUGACGACUGGUUUCCAGUCGACUCACUUUGUCAGUGUUGCUGCUUUAAAGGUUUCACCCCCUUAACUCCUGGAGAUAGACUGACUGCAUAUUUUUAUUUUGUUUUUUACUUUUGUGUAAAACGUUCCCGUUGUGACACCCCCCAGUCCCGCCUGUUAAAUGUGAGUAAAGGCUGUUAUAAGAGUAAGAACUUGUAGAUCAGCACUUUGUAGAUCUUAGAUGAGCAUGCUCACAAGAUUAGUAACAUUUGGUGUUUAUUGCUUGGAUUAUACUUUCAUUUCAAAUGCAUUUAAAUAGUUUAUAGAGGUUUUGUGUACUUUAAAAGCACCAUUACCGUGUCUAAUUACAUUAGAUGUAACAACAGGUAAAGAUUCACAAAAUCCAGAGUUUGCCAAAGUUUUCUCUAACGUGUUCAAGUGUCUUGUUUUUAAAGCUUUUGUUUUAAACGUAGAUGUAAAUAAGAGUAUUUUUUUUGUGCCUGUCUGGUGACCUGUUACAGCAUCCAGUAAUAAAGUCGUACAUAGUACUCCUUUUGUCUUUC